CCGGUGAGCACCAGGCGGGUCUAUGUUGUGCAGCAGAAACUUUCAAUAAAUAAUUUUUUUUAAGCUCAGAAGGUUUGUUCAUGAUUUUGUUCUGCUAAACAAACAACCUCGUUUCCAGCUGCUCACAGAAAUCUAUGGAUUCAGGACCGCGAUGUGAACAAUGUGUUGAGGGUUCCUUCGUUUCAGUACCAUGUUCUAAUAAGUCUCAAUGGGCUUUGUGUCAGGUGAUCAACAUAACUGAAGUAAAAGAUAGACAACCUCACAGAACAUGUGAAAAAUUAAACGGAACUGAACAUGAAACAAUAAAAUGGCCUGAAGCACGAUACAACUUGUACAUUGGAUUGGCCUUAGCAGUCACCUCUAGUCUCCUCACUGGAUGCAGCUUUAUACUUAAGAAGAAAGGUCUCUUGCGAGUGUCUGAGAAAGGAAUUACAAGAGCUGGUCAAGGAGGAUAUGCCUAUCUAAAAGAGUGGCUGUGGUGGGGAGGACUUCUCUCUAUGGGUGCUGGGGAAGCUGCUAACUUUGCUGCCUAUGUUUUUGCACCUGCUACACUGGUUACACCAUUAGGUGGGCUAAGUGUGCUUAUAAGUGCUGUGCUUGCAUCAUACGUUUUAAAUGAGCAACUGAACAUUCAUGGCAAGUUAGGAUGUACUCUGAGCAUUGUAGGAUCAACAAUAAUAGUGAUCCAUUCACCAGAAGAGGAAGGAAUCCAUUCCUUGCAUGAGAUGGAAGAAAAGUUGAAAGAGACAGGCUUCCUUACAUUUGCCAGUAUAACAAUCAUAGUCUGUGUGGUGCUGAUGAUCUUUAUUGCUCCUAAACUGGGACCAACCAAUAUACUGGUCUACAUCUCCAUUUGUUCAUUGAUUGGAGCUUUUUCUGUGUCAUCUGUGAAGGGACUAGGUAUUGCUAUAAAGGAACUACUUGAAAAGAAACCUGUCAUCAACAAACCAUUGAGCUGGAUUCUACUCGGUACUUUGAUCGUAUCCGUCAGCACUCAAAUCAAUUAUCUAAAUAAAGCUCUUGAUACCUUUAACACUGCUAUAGUGACCCCUAUUUACUAUGUAUUGUUCACUACUAUGGUCUUAAUUUGCUCUGUUAUCCUUUUCAAAGAAUGGAAUAAUGUAGAAAUUAAGGACAUCAUUGGGAUUGUAAAUGGAUUUUGUACGAUAAUCUUGGGCAUCUUUUUACUUCAUGCUUUUAAGGAUAUACAAUUUACGUGGGAACAAUUAAUAUCUCUCAUUAAAAAAAGUGCAAAUGCAGAAACAAACAGAUUUGGUCAGGAUUACCAUCAUGUAUUACUGGACAAUAUGGAUAGCCCAUCUGCUGUUUAUGAUGAUGAAGAAAUGAAUUUAUUCUUUAACAGAAGAAAUGUUGGUUUUCGAGAGCAUUCUAACCUACAGUAACAAUGCACAACUUUGUGAUGAAUGCUUCAUGAAUCUGUUAAAUUUGAAUCCCAUCAAAGAAUUCCAGGAUCUUCACAUUGCCAUUAAAUGAAAAUCCUUACCUUUAUGGUGUUCACUUAUGGAUUGUACAGUCUUUUGGAUUUCAAGAUUAUUUUUGCACUAAAGAAGUAUGUUUUCCAAAACUCCCGAUUUAAGUAUGACAAAUAACAAAAAUGUGCUCCAGUUUAGGUAACUUGAAUUUGACUGUAUUUGAUUUGUGAGUAAUAGACUUAUUUCAGUGUGUGGUGUUUACUUCAGGAUUCACAAAACUGGAACCAAUGCAAAAUGUAAAUAUUUGUUCUUAGAUAAUGUGAUUCUAGUGUUUUGAUGGUAUAACCACAGUCAAAAUAGACACUUGUAUGGCAGUAUAACAAUUAAAGUAUGGAAUGCAAGGUAGCUGUUAAGAUAGUUGCAUUGUAAGUAUCUGGCUUUUUAAAACACUGACAGCACAUGUUUAUUUUAAUAAACUAAAUCUUUGCAUUUGACCAACA